AUGCGUUCCUUGUCAACCGUUGCCUUGCUCUCCGCCAUUGGAGCAGCUUCCGCUCAAGCUGUGUCUAGCCCAGCAUCAUCAACUUUCUCUACUUCUGUUUCUUCGACCGCACACCCUUCGUCCACUCCUUUGCUCCCUAAGCCUACUGGCGGUGCCGCCUUUGCCAAGGCUGAUGGUCUCAAGUUCAACAUCGACGGCGAGACCAAGUACUUCGCUGGCACGAACUCAUACUGGCUGCCAUUCCUGACCAAGGACGCGGAUGUUGACUCCGUCUUCAAGAACCUGAAGGCCAGUGGCCUCAAGAUCCUCCGAACUUGGGGUUUCAACGAUGUCAACACCGUCCCGGCAGCUGGAACUGUCUACUUCCAGCUCCACGACAAGGCCACCGGUAAAACUACCAUCAACACUGGCGCCGAUGGUCUGAAGCGUCUUGAUGCUGUUGUUGCCGCUGCUGAGAAGUACGGCAUCAAACUUAUCAUUCCCUUCGUCAACUCCUGGGAUGAUUAUGGUGGUAUGAACGCCUACGUUAAUGCCUACGGAGGCAGCAAGACCGAAUGGUACACCAACAAGAAGAUCCAGGGCGUGUACCAGGCGUACAUCAAAGCUGUUGUCUCUCGCUACAGUGAUUCCCCUGCCAUCUUCGCGUGGGAGCUGGCCAAUGAGCCUCGCUGCUCGGGCUGCAAGACUGAUAUCAUCUCUACCUGGGUUGCCGAUACUUCUGCCUACAUCAAGUCUCUCGAUCCCAACCACAUGGUCACCACCGGUGAAGAGGGCAUGGGUCUAACUGUUGGAUCCGACGGUUCUUACCCUUACACUAACACCGAAGGCAAUGACUUCGCCAAGAACCUUGCGGCCCCUGAUAUCGACUUCGGAACUUUCCACCUCUACGUGGCUGACUGGGGUAUCAAGGACAAUGCUUGGGGUAAUGACUGGGUCAAGUCCCACGCCAAGAUCUGCGAUGCUGCUGGAAAGCCUUGCAUGUUCGAGGAGUAUGGCAUCAAGGAUGAUCACUGCACCGACUCGAUCAAGUGGCAGGAUACCGCUCUGCACACCCCCGGAAACGCUGCUGAUCUCUUCUGGCAGUAUGGCCAGAAGCUGUCCUCUGGCCAGUCCCCAGAUGAUCAUUACACCAUCUACCUUGAGAGCGACGAUUUCAAGUGCGGUGUUCUUGACCACGUCAAGAAUACUCAAGCGUAG